AACAACAAUGGCAGCGGUUCGAACAGCUGACUCAAGACAACAGUGGGAAAUAAUUAAGAAAAAUUUCUGCAUUGACGGGGAUUUCUCACGUACAAAUGACAGUGGAGAAGACUUGCAACUUGUUGUGAGAUUAGUACAGCAGCUGGGGGCAGGACAGCUGGUUUUGGACCUUGCAUUGGAUGCCAUAUGGCUUGCUUUAAGGCAAAGUAUUGUUCCAAAAUUUUGGCAGCAUUUUGUAACAUUUGAAGCCGAGAAGAACGGUAAAGAGGAUGACGCUGGAGAGGGAAGUGUUGAAGUCAUGUCGAGAGUGGCAACGGCAGUUAGCGAGCUGUAUGAUAGUGCUGGGUCUUUCGUGCCACAGAUUAACAGGUGUGAAAUGCUGUGUGAGCAGUCUGGAGCCAAGUUUGAGGAUUGCAUUCCCGGGGGGCUGAUGGAGCACUUCAAGUUGCACCUGCGAGCAACAUUGCACAGCCAGAUGCCUUCCUCCUUCACGCACCUGCUGCAUAAGUUCUAUUCUGCUGCAUUUAAGGUCUUCUAUCAAGCUGAAGUUGGAAACCAGGUGGAAGAAUCUGAGGAGGUGACGGAUGAACCAGUGCCAUGUGGGGGCUGCGGAGGUGCCACAGAUGCAUGCCACUGCCAAGCCAUUACCAACACAUUUUGUCAGGUCAACAAGCAAUUGUAUGGACUGGACCUCCUAGAGAGACUGGCCGGAGACAUCAUCUCUUCCUUACUUCUUUCGGUCAUCACGGAUCAUGUGUCUACAACGUGUAGGGACUCGUAUGAUCAGUCCUGUAUUAACCAGUUGGAAAAGUGGGUAGAAAAUGUAGUGGUUGGUUGGCUUGAGUUGGUAUACUGCGGAAGUCGCGGCCAGCUUUCCUCUGCAGAUGCUUCUAUCCAGACUAUGGUGUCUAAUAACCUCAACCAGACAUACAUGACGGCACUCUACCAUACCUACACCACUACCAGAAUUGACCAGCUAUUCAAUAUUGUUAUUGAGUACCCUGAAUCUCAGCCUGCUCUUGAAGACAUCCGUGAGUGUUUAGAUCGCACUCACCUGAGGGAUCGUUUAGUGGAAUCCCUUCGCUCAGCAAUUCAGACACGUCUUCUACAUCCAGGAGUGAACACAACAGAUGUUCUGCAUGCUUACAUCUCAGCCAUCAAGGCCCUGCGUGUUCUAGAUCCCAAGGGAGUCCUCUUGGAGCUUGUCUCAGAACCUGUCAGACAAUACCUUCGUGGACGAGAGGACACUGUAAGGUACAUUGUAACCAGUUUAACAGAUGAAAGUUGUUCAGAGUUGUCUGAGGAGCUGCUUGUGGCUGCCCCAUUAGUCUUGGAUGAUUCUCAUAGUGAUGAUGACAACAUGGACAACUGGGAAACUUGGACACCAGACCCUGUACACGCUCACAACUUGAAAUCAAAAUCCCAGCGUACUGCAGACAUCAUAUCCAUGUUGGUCAAUAUCUAUGGAAGUAAAGAUGUCUUCAUCACUGAAUAUCGCACAAUCUUAGCAGACCGUAUUCUUUCUCAGUUCAGUUAUGAUACUGAGAGAGAGAUUAGGUAUUUGGAGCAUCUUAAAGUAAGGUUUGGUGAAACUCUUGCCCUUCUUCACAAGUGCGAGGUGAUGGUGAAGGACGUGGCAGAUUCCAAAAGAAUCAACACUUCCAUAAACUCUGAUGAAAACCCACACAGGGAAAAACAGAAAUUCCCAGUAUCAGCCAUGAUUUUGUCUGCGCAGUUCUGGCCCUCAUUCAAAGAAGAACGUCUGCAAGUGCCAGAUGAAGUCACAAAAGAGCUGGAAAAUUACACAGAAGCUUUCCAGGAUCUGAAGGGCAACAGGACCUUGAACUGGAAGCCUCAUUUAGGACAGGUUCAGCUGGAAAUUGAACUUAAAAAUCGCACCUUGAAUUUAACAGUAACACCAACACAGGCCACAAUUAUAUACCAUUUCCAAGAGAGGAAUCGGUGGAGCAUAGACGACCUAAGUACCAUGACACAGGUCCCCAAAACAGUAUUGAGGCGGAAAAUAACUUACUGGCAAACACAGGGAGUACUACAAGAGAUUGAAUCAGAUGUGUUCGUGUUAGUGGAGGGAGAAGAGGCAGGUGAGGAGGGACAGACUGCUGCAGCUGGUCUUCCUCUGGCAGACAUAGCCCCACCAGCGAUAGAAGAAGAUGAAGCAGAGAGUGUGAUGGCCUCUGCUCAAGACCAGAGAGAAGAAGAACUACAGGUGUUCUGGUCAUACAUUGUGGGCAUGUUGACAAACCUGGACUGCCUUCCCCUUGAACGUAUCCAUGCUAUGCUCAAAAUGUUUGUACAAGGAUCAGUGGAGUGCAGCCCACAGGAACUGAGGGCUUUCUUGGACCGCAAAGUACGUCAACACCAGCUGCUCCUCACAAAUGGAUUAUAUAAAUUGCCCAAGAACUGAGGGAAAAAUUUAACUUCUUUGUUUAAUGUGUAAUGUGUAAGGUUUUUAUAUUGAUCAAUUGUUAAUCUUCCUGGUGAUUCAAAAAUAUUUUUUAUUUUUUGUUAUAUAACAUUUCCGACAAAAAAAUAUGUGAAUACACAACAAGAACUAAAAGUC